AUGGAAAUCAAUACCUUGUUUGCCGAAAAUGGUGGUCGGAGGAGAGAAAUUGAGCGGUGGGAAAAUUCUGUCAAAACUGGCGAAUUAGCGGCAGCUGACAGCGGGACUGCAGUGAGAUGGAGGGGUCGGGUUGGUUCGUUUGGCAACGGUCUCGAGGAUCGGGGUGGAGUGUGGCGGUGGCUAUGGAGGUUGGGGAAGGUGGCGGUUGAAGAAAAUUCAAAGGGGGAGGGGGUAUCGCGCGAUAGGGGGGUUGGGAGAGCGAGAGAGAGAGAGAGAAAUCUGGAAUUUAAAAAUCCAAUUUCGCAAAAUUACAAUUUUGCCCCUCUAAGUAUUUUAAUCGUAUAUUCCUCAAUACAACUCGGAUUCGAGCCCACUACGUGUCUACGGACUCAUCUUGACGUGCUCUACACAACGAUACAAUUAAAAUUUCUAAAUUCCUUCCUGGAUCAGGUUGUUACAAUACCCCCUUACAAAAAUUUUGUCCUCGAAAUUUCCAUACCUGUCACUCAAAGAGAUAAAGGUACAGAUCCCGCAUUUGGUCCUCGGGUUCCCAAGUGGCUUCUUCCAUGA